AUGGCGGAAGCGAUUCGUCCGCUCUACAAGAAACUGCUGCGUCUAGCGCAGAGUUUGCCAGCCCCCAAGCGCCAGAAGUCGAUCGACCAGAUCCGCCGCGAAUUCCGCACUCAUGGAGACCUGACAGAUCCCAAAGAAGUGUCGGCGCUGCUCCAACGCGCACAGUCGUCAAUUGACUUUCUAAAGAUUGUGACGCCCCGUGCUGAAGCCGAUUCGGGUGUCCAGCGCUUUGUUUAUCGUGACGGCAAACGUAUUGACGCCGCUGAACUAGAAGCAAAGAGUGAGGAGAACGCACGAUACAAGACACAGGAUAUUGAGGCAGGCAUGAGGCGUCACCACCAACUGUUGCGACGUCAGCACUUUAUGGACCGCAAGAGUGGACCUCCGCGUCCUAUUUUCUAA